AUGGAAGAUGAAUACGUCAAUCCAAAACAUAAAAGAAAAAAGACUAACAUCAUCAAUCGCCAUUAUUAUGAGGUUGAAAAUUUCAACACGGUGUUAGAUAUGCAAUUACAAGAGCUUGACAACAGUUUUAGCGAGGUAACGACCGAAUUACUUACAUGUAUUGGUAGUUUGAGUCCGGAUGAUAACUUUAGUGCAUAUAAUGUUCAAAAGAUUUUAAGGUUGGCCGAGUUUUAUCCGUUUGAUUUUAGUUAUGAAGAAAGAGAAUCUCUUAUGAUUGAACUAGGCAACUACAUUAUUAUUAUGAGAAAAGAUGGAAUGUUUGCUAACCUAAAUGGGAUAUCUAAUCUUGCAAAGAGGAUGGUGGAAACAAAGAAACAUUUGAGGUAUACAUUGGUCUAUCGUUUAUUGAAGUUAGCAUUGAUUCUACCGGUUGCAACGGCAAGUGUUGAGAGGUGUUUUUCGUCAAUGAAACAUGUGAAGACGGAUUUGCGUAAUCGAAUGGGUGAUGAUUAUAUGAACGAUUGUUGCAUUUGUUAUAUCGAAAGAGACCUUCUUGCCAAUGUUUCGGUCGACAUGUAUUGGAUCGUUUUCAAAAGAUGA